AUGAAGGUGUUCGUGGUUGUCAGGGCCCAACCAAAAGAAAUUAUUGUCCUCUUGGUUUUCCUUCAAGGAUACCCAUUACCCAAUGUGGCACUCAAAGGAGAAGCUACCCAGUCAUCUACACUCUCUUUUGCCACUGCGUCCAAAGCCAUCGAUGGCAGACGGAACUCGUUCUAUAGCAAUGGGUUCUGUAGCCACACGGCUGAAGACGAGACCAACCCCUGGUGGAGGGUGGACCUGCAGCGAAGCUUUACAAUCACUGCUGUAAAAGUCACCAACAGAGGAGACUGCUGUGCUGAAAGACUGGAUGGAGCUGAGAUCAGAAUAGGAAACUCACUGGAGAACAAUGGAAACAAUAAUCCCAGGUGUGCUUCCAUCUCACAUAUCAAAGCGGGUAAAACCUACACAUACCGGUGUGAUGGAGGCAGCAUGGAGGGUCGCUUUGUGAACGUGUUUCUUCCUGGACAGAAGAAGACUCUCACCCUGUGUGAAGUGGAGGUGUAUGCUGCCCCAGCAGUUGAACCGCUUCCAAACGUGGCCUUAAACAAACAAACAGUACAGUCAUCAACUUGGUAUGGGCCAGUGUUUGGGCCCUCAAAGGGUGCUGAUGGGUGCAGGAAUGGAAACUUGUUGGCAGAAUGCUGUACACGUACUUUAGAAGAUCUGGGUCCCUGGUGGAGAGUAGACUUGCUGGCUGUCUAUAAAGUCACUGCUGUCACCAUCAUCAACAGACAGGAAGGUUAUACAGAAAGGAUUCUUGGGGCACAGAUCCUGAUCGGGAACUCGCUGGAUCAAAAUGGUAACCAAAACCCCAGUUGUGGCAUGAUCGAAUCAUUAGAUGGUACACCAACAUACACAUUCCAGUGUAAUGCAAUGGAAGGUCGCUACAUCAGUGUGAUCAUACCAGGAUCUCCGAAAAUUCUGACGCUGUGUGAAGUGGAGGUGUUUGCUUCUCUGCCUGUGCCAGAUGUUGUCAUUCCUCCACCUCCUCCCAGCCCUCCUCCGCCUGUGAGCCUGCAGUUUGGUGGCAGGAACGUGACGGUUGUGGGAGAGAGGCUCUGCUGGUCUGAUGCUCUGAUGUACUGUAGACGUUAUUACUGGGACCUGCUCAGCCUUCACAGCCAACAGGAGCAAAGCGAGUUGGAGCAGCUGCUGAGCCUCGUUCCUUUCUCCCUCACAGACCACGUCUGGCUUGGACUGCGCAGAUCCCUCAGAGGAGACGAUUGGUUCUGGAUGUCUGGAUAUUCCAUGAAUUUCUUAAAUUGGCCACAAGAUUUUGUUCCUGACAGCUACUCCAGCACCUGUGGAGGUGUGGCCAGCACGGACCACUUCCUCUGGCAGGACCAGCCCUGUGAGGAGAACCUCAACUUCAUCUGCCAAUCAGGUUCUGACGAUGCUGUGCAGAGAGUUUAUUUCUCCAGCACCAAGGAUCCAACAAAUCCAUAAAGGAGAUGACACAGUAUAAACUGUGAUGCAUAGUUAUUUUGUUAGAAAUAGUUUAUAUUUGAAUUUGUUUUGCACUCUUUUAAAUUCUGGCAAAAGUUCAGUAACUGCAUAGAACACUGUUUAUCUUUUUCAUAUCGCCAAUCCUGAUGACAACACAUUAAGUUGAAGUCAUGUGUAAAUAAUUUCUGUCUAAAUUUCUGCUGUUUGGUUUGUACUAUUUCUCAUGGGAAUUAUUAUAAUUAUAUUUAUAAAAAGCAGGCGAGCUUAUUCCUUUGCAUUCUAUAUAACAAUAAAUGCCUGCAAAAACUAGGUCCACGUUAUAGUAUAGUACACUAUAGUAUCUGUAGUAUGGACCAAAGUGAUGAACUUACUCUUGUUUUCUCUUCUAUGGUCACCUGGGUUGGAAAAAUUUUAAGGAGCUGUUGUUAUGUGUGAUAAAGAUUAGUUUGUGACAAAUUGUAAUGUGAAUGUGUUUUGUUUAACAUUGAUAA